AUGUAUCACCCCACAGAGAUGUUCUCACAGUAUGGGGGCUCCUAUCCUCUGCGACCUCCCCCACCUCCCGGGGCUGGGUAUCCCCAGGGUCAGGCACCUCAAUAUGAAGCCUUCAGAUAUCCAGACCUUGAUGCUGCCCCUAAGCUGGAUAGCUUUUUCCCUGGGUUGGAACCCCCAGGGCGCCUCCUGCCAUCUGCUCCUGGCCUCCCUUAUGGGACAGGGCAGCCUCUCCCAUCAGGCCCCCCACCAACUACACGUCUACCCCCCGGAGUACGGAUGAGCCUGGAGAACGGAGAACUUUGGAAGCGUUUCAGUGGGAUUGGUACAGAGAUGAUCAUCACCAAGGCAGGCAGGCGGAUGUUUCCACAGCUGAAAGUUUCAGUAACAGGACUGGAUCCUGAAGCCAAGUACCUGCUGCUAGUGGAUGUGGUCCCGGUGGGCAGCUCCCGGUACAAAUGGCAUGGCAAGCGGUGGGAUGCCAGUGGCAAGGCCGAACUUCCCCCGCCAGACAGGGUCUACAUCCACCCCGACUCGCCUGCAUCCGGCGCCCACUGGAUGCGCCAGCCUGUAUCCUUCCACCGGCUCAAGCUCACCAACAACACACUGGAUCCCCAUGGACAUCUGAUUGUUCACUCCAUGCACCGUUACCAGCCGAGGAUACAUGUGGUUGGAGCUGGAGGACGCCGUGGGGCAGGCAGUGGCUGCGCUUCCUUCACCUUUCCCGAGACCCAGUUUCUGACUGUCACGGCCUACCAGAACCCACAGAUCACUCAGAUGAAGAUAGAGAGCAACCCUUUUGCAAAGGGCUUCCGGGAGAAUGGCAUGAACAGCAAAAGGGAGCGCGAGGCCCGAAUCAAGAGGAAAAUGAAGGCAAAUGAAUGUGAAGCCAACAUGGGGGAAAAUGAGAGCAAGAAAGGCCCCUGCGACUCCACCUUGACAGAGGAGACACCUAUGGAGCAACAGCAACCACCUGCGCUUCCACACCCUUCUUGCUCCUUCUACCCCCCUGCAGGGAUCAAUCCCAGCGGAGCAGAGGCUUAUGUCCAGCACCCAGCUGCCUUCCAUGGUUUGCGGGGGGCACCGUCACCCUAUGGCAGCCCAAGUCAAGAAAUGGCAGCUCCUCCAUCAUCCCCAACUACCAAGUCACCUCCUGAGCAAUCAGAUUUCAGACCUAUGCUCCCGGCGAGUUGGAAUGGGCUGGAUAUUAUUCCUUUCCUUGGGGGAACAGAACCCCCCGAUACCUCCUCCUUUCCCCCCUUCAAAUUCAGCUUCACACCCUACCCGCCUCCACCUCGCGUCUAUGGGCCCCCCUCUGGCUAUCCUGGCUCUCAGCCACCUAUGCUCUAACUCUUGCUCCUCUCACAAACCCUGGAAUUCCUGUC